ACAAAAAAUUGUACAUAUCGUGUACAUAGUAAUCAAAAUAAUUUAAACUAGUAGUGUUCCUAAGUAAAAAAAAAAAGUUUUCUGGUACAAAGUUUAAAGAAAAAAAAUGAAACUUUACACUGGAACAAAAAAAAAGUGACAAUAUAAUCUAACCCACUUUCUAAAAGUUGCAAGAUUAUAACAAAAAUCUAUAAUCUAAGCAAUGUUAUAAAAGUUACUCAUGGUAUUAAAAAAUUCUUGCAUAAAUAUAAUUAUGUGCGAUUAAAAAGUUUCAUUCAUAAGAAUGAAUUGUUUCUUGACUAUAUACAUCUAGCUAUAUAACUUUAGCAAUAACUCUAUCAACUAUAAACUUCCCCGUCAACCCUUUCACGUUAACAGACAGAUUGAGACUGACGCUCCGUCACACAUAAUAAAUUUUCCGAUCAAUAUAAAAAGUAUUACCGUAAUGAAGAAUAAUUCUUUUUCCUGAGCCCACUAUGAAAUCGAUUUAAAAUGCAUCGCAAGAUGCGCUCGUCUUCUUUACACUACGCGUCGUUUUAUAUUUUUUUUUCUCAAAUGUGUUCUUUCGUGCAACAUUCGCUACAAUUUAUCCUUCCUUACAUUUUAUGCCUUCGUAAUAGUUUAACUUACAACCCAUUCUAUGCUCUGAUUUUUUUUUAUUUCGUUUUAAAAUACUGCAACUAAAAAAUGUUUAACAUAAAAAUCACCAGUUACUUCAUCUUCCGUGAAAUUAUCAAGGGACCAUUGUUAGCUUUAGGUCUAUGGCCUAAUGAAAACCCUUCAUUGUUUUAUCGUUUAUUAUCUUACAUCCAAUUACCUCUAAAUUUUGGAAUGUUUCUCGCCAUCUUUAAUUUUGUACGCUUGCACGUCAAUAACAUAACGCUUUUAACCAAAAGUUUUGGUGUGAUGACAACUUAUUUAUCAACAACUCUUAAGAUAACAUGUUUAUUAAUAAAUCGUAAAGAAGCAUUGGAACUUCAUCGUACCCUGGACCCGCAUUUUAGUAAACUAGCUCAAGACGUUCGAAUGAAAAAAAUUAUUUUUAAAAAAUUUACGACGUUAAAAUUGAUAACGUGGUUAUUUUUCUCCUGCGUUUUUAUAACGUUAUCAGCAAUGAUCAUUACACCGUUGAUAGAUAUUGCGAUGCAAUAUCAUAAAUAUGGAAAAAGUAAUAAAUAUCCGUUAAUCUACCCAAGUAAAUAUCCAUGGCAAACAUCGUUGAACGGAUGGCCAUAUAAAGUCACGUAUCUUUUUGAAUCACUGGCAACAACGUCUUUAUUUUGUAUAACAUCAAGUGUCGACUCACUAUUUUUGUUUUAUAUUUUCCAAAUAAUUGGGCAACUAAGGGAAAUGUCGUACUGUAUUACAAAUACAAAUGAAUUCAAUAAUGACAAAGAAAAAGACGUUGUUUUACGUAAAACGAUAUAUCAAUAUCAGACGUUAAUCAAGUGCCGUGAAAUAAUUGAAAAAAUUUAUGGACCUAUUAUUUUGUGGAUCAUGUGCACUAACGCAGUUAUUAUGUGCGUUUUUAUUUUCCAAUUUAUGCAGAUGAAAAAUUUGCCGAUUAUUAGAUUGAUGAUUAUAUUUACGUACAUUUUGUCCAAAGUACUACAAACAUUCAUAUAUGCCUGGAGUGGAACAUGUUUAACUGUGGAGAGUGAAGAUUAUAGAAAAGCUGUGUAUAAUAUGAAUUGGUACGGAAAUAAACGUAUUAUGACUUCUGUUAUAAUAAUGCUUGCGCAAAAACCUAUGAUUGUGACUGCUUGCAACUUCUCAGCGGUUACUGUUGAUAUUUUUAUCAUGGUUCUUAAAACUACUGUAUCAUAUUUUUUUCUUCUUCAAACACUUGAAGAGAAGUGAUAACAUUUGUUCAUUAAAUCAUAUAGACAUUUAUUUAAUUAUACUUCAACUGCGA